CUGCAGCUUUCCCAGGCGGCCCCUACACAAGAAAAGGAGUACAAGUCCACACAAGUGGUUUCAUUCUUGCAAGUAUAUGAGCGCAGUGUGUGCCAGGUUCGGGAGACCUUGGUGGACGUACUCCAGGAGUACCCAGAUGAGGUGGAGUACAUCUUCAAGCCAAGCUGCGUGGCACUGAUGAGAUGUGCAGGCUGCUGCAGCGACGAGACUCUGGAAUGUGUGCCGACAGGGACGCACAACAUCACAAUGCAGAUCAUGAUGCUUAGGCCUCAUAGCAGUCAGAACUAUGUGCAAAAGAGUUUCCAGCAACACAACCAGUGUGUAUGCAGACCAAAGAAAGAAGUCCAAGAAGUUAGAGUCCAACAGGAAAAAAAAGCAAAACGAGGGAAGGGCCUUAAACGAAAGCGCAAGAAAAUCCGGUACAAAUCGCACCGCUUUCUUUGUGAGCCUUGCACAGACACAGAGAGGAGAAAACACUUGUUUGUCCAAGACCCCAAGACCUGUAAAUGUUCCUGUAAAAACACAGACUCACGUUGCAAAACGAGGCAGCUUGAGUUAAACGAAAGGACUUGCAGAUGUGAAAAGCCGCGGCGGUGAGAUCUGUAGAGAGUCUCCAGGAAGAGACGAAAUGGAAGAAAAAUGAAGGAUCGAAAUCAGCACAGCACUUUCUCAUGCAUUCCAAGUCCCACGGAGGGGCAGAAUAACUGUAUAAUUCAGUUUAAAAAAAAUCCCAUUUCUCCUUAACACAUUUGAUGCUGCUACACACUGAGAGCCAAAACAGCGGGGGUCAUUUUUUUUUUUUCCGGAUUCUUAUAAAUAUAUUAUUAUUAUAAUAAGUAAAUAUAGAUAUAUA